UUUGAUAUGAUAUUUUGAUGAGAAAUAUACCGAGGAAUACAAACUGUUGGUUGUUAGAUUUGUAACUGUAAUUUUUAUCGUAAGCAUGGUGAUGUCAAUUAUACCAAAAGUACAUUGUACAAAAUUCACGGCUUUACGAUGUUUUUCAGUAAAACCAAAAGCUGUACUUGACGAUAAGAUAUCUACUUUAAUCUCUAAUGAUGAAAUGAAAUAUAGACAUCACCCCGGUGUUGUUAUUCCCAGAACACCAGAGUUCCCAAAAUGGGCACAAAAGGAAAUACAUAAUAUUUUGAAAGAGAAGCAAAUAGCCCUGAAAGAAAUUAAUGCAAGUGCAAAGAAAUUAGUCGAGCACCUAAAUAAGCGCCAUCCGCCAGUAGAGCAACAUGAAUUAGCAGAAAAAUUACAGAAAGUAGAAGACCGUUUGAAUAUGAAUAAUCAUAGUGAAAAAAUAUCGGUUGAAGAUAUAGAUUUCCAUAAAGAUAGAAAGUCCAGACUACUCUUGAAGCAAAACGUUUAUAAUUGGCAACCAAUAAACUUUGAUAAACUUACUUGCCUGACAUACAUGGUCGGCAGAAGCGUUCAGAAUUAUGCUGUUAUACGUAAGAUUUUCAAUGAAAUUAAAUUGCGUGACAAGGAUUUCAGGCCUCAGACAUUGUUUGACUUUGGUUCUGGUGUUGGCACUGUCAUGUGGGCGGCAUCCGAGAUUUGGUCGAAAACAUUAAAAGAAUACUUUUGUGUUGAUACAUCAGAAUUCAUGAUUGAAUUGUCGGAAAGAUUAAUAAAAGCUGCCGAACCGAAGAUCAAAGACGCUUUCUAUCGUCAAUAUUUUCCUAUCUCUAUGAGUCGAACUUAUGAUAUCGUAGUGAGCGCGUACUCUUUGUUUGAGUUACCAGGUAUGGAAUCGCGUAUCGAAAUGCUAUUAAAGCUUUGGAUGAAGACUGAAAAAUAUCUGAUUAUUGUAGAAGAAGGAACCAAUGCAGGUUUCAAACUAAUAAAUGAAUCACGAGAUUUUAUUCUCAAAUAUGCCAACUCGAAACACAGACGUGAACCGCAAUUUGUCCAUGUUUUCUCACCUUGUCCGCAUGAUUGGAAGUGUCCGAGAUUUACCACCGACGAUACUCCAUGCAAUUUUAACGUUCUGUAUCAUCCGUUGCAGUUUCUGGGCGGUCAGCAACAUAAACCAGAGCGGUAUUCUUACGUCGUAUUAAAGAAAAGUAAACGUCCCGAGGACGAUGAGCAGUGGCCAAGAAUCGUGCGAGCUGUACUAAGACGUUCUAAUCAUACAAUUUGUCGCAUGUGCACCAGCAGUGGAAAAUUAAAGGAGGAGAUUUUUACAAAAUACAAGAAUGGAAAGCAUAUGUAUCGCUGUGCGAGAGAGAGUGAAUGGGGCGAUAGAUUACCUCUACAUUUUGAACAGCCGCAAGAGAGUCUAGAAGAAGCUGAAACAGUUUGUGAUACGAUUACUAAUAAAAAUACGUAAAAUGAAAAAAUAAAAUUCUAUUAAACAUUUUU